AGCAAUCUGACUAGCUGGUUUCGCACUCUUCCAGUCUUUAUUCUAAAGAAAUCGACCUCUCUGCAGUCAAUACUGCCAAAUAUUUAGAGACAAGAGCAUUCGAAACGCUCCAAGAUUACGGUCAUUUUUUCCCAGAUGAUCCUUAGCUGAUUACGAAUAUGCUAGCUACCAUAAGCAGUGAAAGCAAAAGAGUGGCUUCUCAAACAGCCGCCAGCUUGGUGCAAAGCGUUUUGAAAGAACGGGAUAAGGUCGUUGUAAGGACUGGAGGGAAUAGCAGUGGGAAAAAGCAUGGCCUGGUGGAAGAGAUUGCCCAAUCGGCGGCGGCAGGUAUUGGUAUAAUCUCUGAGGCCUUACAUCAUAGAGAAGAGAAGAAGUCCAGAGCACUGAAUCCAGACAAGCCCCCAAGUCAGCCAGGCAGUAUCAGCAACACGCAGUCUACACCGACACAGCUUGACGAAGGAACUGGAAAGGCGAAUAACACUGACCUUGGAGCAGCAACGCCUGUGUCAACUUCGCCAACUUCUCAAGACACAGAUGAUCUUGCAUUAGCUUUUAUCAAGCGGCACCCGUUGAAAAUUCCUGGAAGUUCUGAAGACGGGCAGAGACUCUCUCUGCCAGUGCUUGUGCCCCAGAGACGGCCCGAGAAGCGGGCGCGGGGCUUCAUACGAGCCUACGCACCCAUGCUAGUCGACGUUGAUAUCAAUCAAGAUACUUUCUUCGACUUCAUCGAUACCCUCAAUAAGUCACUCGAACCCAACCCCUGGAUCAGCGCCGUCAAUUUGGCGGGGUUUGCAGGAGAAGCGCUGCCCGAUCCUGCAUCGCUGCUCCUUGGAUUCGCCCUCGAGGCUGCUAGCGAGGCCGUCAUGGAGGGACAAAGUCUGUUCUGCUCUAACAAACUUUUGAACUGCGUGAAUGCAGAGUUCUUCGUUCCGCGAGGGUUAAUCUGCCUCGUUGUUACAUGGCAGCCCGACAACGACAGCGGCGAAUUCGCAACCAACUUUGUGGAGGAAGUGAACAUUCCCCAAACCAAGCCUGAUUUAAAGCAGGAAAUCUCAGAUGUUGCCUCAGGAAAGAAGAAGCCUUCGGAGGGCUGGGCAGAGUUAAAGACACAGAUAGGCGACUUGAUGAAGCCCACUUGUGGCGACUUCAGCUGGCCUGAGCUGGCGCCUCUGAUCUUCCCGGACUUUGAAGGCACACCCGAUAAAGUGGAUGUUGAAACUAAGCAGAUGAACGCCUGGGACAGAAUGGAGGAUUGGAUCAACGGCCACUCAGACAAACGCGCCCAAGCUAGCUGGAUCGAUAAGAACAAGAAUCAUCCAAGGAUGAACUUGAUGCCACAGCCAAAGUUCAAAUCACGAUACGCCGACCCGAAUCAUCAAGCAUCUAGUGGUGACCUUGUCUCUUUGGUCACAGGAGGUCGCUGGAGGCUUGCUACGGACAGAAAGGCCGAAUCCAGCAAACGGCCAGAGAAGACGGCUGAGGAGAAG